UGAAUCAUGAUCAUAGGUCACAAACUAUUUUAACCAUUAGGGCAUGGAGAAAAGGUACCAUUCAAAGCUAAACACCACAAUUAGGGAUGCAUGACUAAAGUUUCCAAGUAAUGUGUUAGUAGUAUUGUAUGAGACAGUCACAUGAAAAAGAUCAUGAGGUUGUGAAAAGGAUUACGAUCAUGCUUUAGUCAUGAAUUUCCUGAUAGAGACAUUUUAGUCUGGAUCUUGCUUGUUUAAAUCAGAGUAAUUUGACUUUGCUUGUUCUGGUUAUAUUACCAGUAUAUAGCGAAGGGGGAGAAAAGCUGUCUUGCCUACAAAAAAUAGUAUCCUCUGAGUAACUGAAUUCUACCUGACCUUGAAAUGCUGUUUUCAGUACUGAGAAGCUGAAGUAAAAAAGCUUCUUGAAUGGUUUGCUGGAGCAUUACAGUGAACAACAUGUACUUACCUGUUGCUGCCAUCUCCUGUGCAAGCACAUGGAAGUUCACCUUUCUCCCAGGGCAUUCAUUGGUCUUGUGUGUGCCUAAACUGCUUAUUCCAGAUCCUGAACCUGCUCUUCACAUUAAGUAGCGUUCAACAUCGUAAAUCCUCAGUUGAUGAAAAUCAGCAUGUUCCUAAAGAAAUGUGGAGCUGUCUUGACCUGUCAACAGUCAUAUUCCUGAUUACUGCCAGGAUGUUUCUGCUUCCUGGCAUGCUGAAACAGAGAUGAAGGUACACAUGCACACAAAAUUUUGCAUCAUUUGUUUGCUGACAUUUAUCUUUCAUCAGUGCAAUCAUUGCCAUGGAGAUGGACAUAACAAUGGUCCUAAAAAGGAUCGUGGACACUACCAUAAUGACUAUCAGAUCUCAAAUGAAUCGUACUUCCAGAGUGGAGGAACAGAAUCUAUGCCGAGUAAAUUUUCAACGUUGGAAGCUGAAAAUGAACAAAAAUACUACAUUGAAAAGAUUUUUGAUCGUUACGGUGAAAAUGGAAGAUUAUCUUUUUUUGGCCUGGAAAAACUGUUAAUAAGCCUUGGUUUAGGAGAGGUAAAAGUAGUGAUGAUAAAUCAUGAUGAUAUUGGCCAUGAUCAUGUUUCUCACUUGUAUGCUUUAGAAGUACAGGAAGGAAAGCAUUUUCACUCUCAUAACCAUCCUCACAGCCACUCAGAUUCAGAAAACCAAACCAUGAUUGGUAUGUCUGCAAAGAGAAAUCAUAAAUGUGACCCAGAGAGAGACACAGUAGUGCCAUCAGUAAAAGAUGAUGGCAAACACAUUCAUGACCAAAGUCGCCGUCACCACCACCACCACUCUCGUCCACAUCGCCACGACCAUAAUGGCACCCAUCACUCUCGUAAUGAUUCAGUCAGUCAUCGUGAGCACGGGGAACAGAACCAUGAACCUUCAACAGAGACAAACACAACUCAGGAUCAGCCAGAAAGAAAACAACGGAAACAGAAGAAGAAGCAAAAGAAGAUCAGUGAGACUUCAGGAGAUGCGACCUGGGAUUAUGCCCCAGAUCACGAUCCCGGUGAUCAGUAUGAGCACAAUCGUGUUCAUAAACAUGAUCAUGUACACGAUGCAUCUCACUUGCAUGUGCACCAUCAUGACCACAGCAGUGAUCGUUCUAGUAGUCAUGGGCAUCAAGAUGCCAGUUUAGGUAAUGACGAUGGACACCGAAAUACCAGCAAGCGAGAGGCACCUCGCAAGCAGAUCAGUGUAAGAAAACGUGCCCUUGUUUCAAUGCGUAGUCACAAGGAUCGUGAAGAGUGCUUAAAUGCUACCCAGCUGCUACGGUACUAUGGUCUGGAAACCAGCUCUCUAAUAUCUCCUGAAUUGUUCGUGUACAUAUGUCCUGCUUUGCUAUACCAGAUUGAGAGAAGGCUUUGUAUUGUACAUUAUGAUGAGUUUGAAGAUAUUAUGAAAAGUAAAAAUGCAUCAAUUGACAAUAAAGAUAAAACAGGUGCAUCAGCCUGGUUUUGUGGUAUCAUCUCUAUCACCGUCAUUAGCCUGCUUUCCUUGCUAGGGGUGAUCCUGGUUCCCAUCAUUAACCAAUGGUGCUUCAAAUUUCUUCUAACUUUCUUGGUAGCUCUGGCAGUAGGAACAAUGAGUGGAGAUGCACUGCUCCAUCUAUUGCCACAUUCACAUGGAGGCCACAACCACAGUCACCACCAUGGCCAAGGUCACGUUCAUGAACACAAGCGUUCCCAUCGACAUGCCCACGGACAUGCAGUGCGGACUGAAGGCUUCCUAGAAGAAAAUGAUCCAGUGCUGAAAGGUCUUGUGGCACUUGGAGGCAUUUAUGUUUUGUUCAUCAUUGAACAUUGUAUAAGAAUGUACAAACAUUACAAUAAACAAAAGAGUAAGCAGAAAUGGUGCAAAAAAAACCAGGCCGAAGAAUCACCAAUUGGAAGGAAACUUUCUGAUCACAAAUUAAAUAAUAGACCAGAUGCUGACUGGCUUCAGCUGAAACCCCUUGCAGGAGCAGAUGACUCAGUUUUAUCUGAAGAUCGACUGAAUGAAACUGAACUAACUGAUCUGGAUGGCCAGCUGGAAUCCCCUCCCAAAAACUUCUUGUCUGUGGAAGAGGACAACAACAUGCGCCAUUCUCACAACGACGUCUCACAUGCUGCUCAAGAGCAUGAUCUUCAUGACUCAGAGUAUGACAGCCAUGGAGAAGAUAAAAUGAUAGCUAGAAAACACAGUCACCACUGGCAUCACAAACAUUCCCAUCAUUCCCAUGGCCACUGUCAUUCUGGAAAAGACCUGAAAGAUACUGGGAUAGCUAAUAUUGCUUGGAUGGUAAUUAUGGGAGAUGGCAUUCACAACUUUAGUGAUGGCUUAGCAAUCGGAGCAGCUUUUAGUGCUGGACUGACAGGAGGAAUUAGUACAUCUAUAGCAGUAUUUUGUCAUGAACUUCCCCAUGAAUUAGGUGACUUUGCUGUGCUCCUCAAAGCGGGUAUGACAGUAAAGCAGGCCAUUGUGUACAACCUGCUGUCAGCCAUGAUGGCGUACAUCGGGAUGCUGAUCGGCACGGCCGUGGGGCAGUACGCCAACAACAUCACCCUCUGGAUCUUCGCCGUCACCGCUGGCAUGUUCCUCUAUGUGGCCUUGGUGGACAUGCUUCCAGAAAUGCUUCAUGGAGAUGGAGAUAAUGAAGAGCAUGGCUACUGUCCUGUGGGGCAGUUUGUUCUUCAGAAUCUAGGCCUGCUUCUUGGAUUUGCCAUCAUGCUGGUGAUUGCCCUCUACGAAGACAAAAUUGUGCUUGACAUCCAGUUUUGACCUAAUUCUGGUAAUCACUGUGGUUACAAUAAUGUUGCUGUAUGGCUUUGAGUCUGCACUGUUUCACUGUAUGCACGUUGCUCGGAGGAAACGCGGUGGCUUGCACUACUUACACAAGUACAGGACAUUCAUUUCUGCCUAGAUUAACUAAUGCUUUUUUCUAAUUCAGAUCAGAUCAGGUCACCCAAUGCAACUUCUACACUCAAGUGAUCAACACUUAGGAAACACAAAAUAUGAGAAAUAAAGGCCAUUUUCAGUGUACUAUAUAGGGAGCACUGCUUGCUUAAGAAAGAAAAAGUACAGUGAAUGAUCUUAUUUGGGAAAAUACCAUUUCAUUGGUACACUUGGACAGAACCAAGAAGAUGUUACAGUUAAAACAAAAACCUCUGCAAGGAACCCGAGCAAGCUUUUAGUGCCAUAUAAGUCCUGAGUAGUGCAUAUAUGUAUCUAUAUAUGUAUAGAUCUAUGUAGAUAUAUACAGAUAUGCAUACAUAUAUAUGUGUGUGUGCGUGUAUGUAUAUAUAUAUUAAUUCUGCGCUGAUUUUUCUGCAUAGUGGUGACUUGAAAUAUUAAAUCUUGCAGCAGGACAUGACUGGAAACCACUAUGCCAGUUUAAAGUUUUAAAAAGAAACCCAAAGCCUAAACACUGUUUAAAUUCUUACAAGACAUGUUAAGUUCACUCCAUCAUUUCAGUCCUCCUGUGUAAGAAGGCAGGCUGUUGCCAUGUACUCUGCAAAGUGUGACUUCUGUCAAGGGUCAGUUUGAUGAUGUUUUUCCCAGCUAAGAUUUAUUUGAUGUUUGUUCCUUGAUAUUAGUAGGAAAAUGCAAAAUGCAGUAGAAUUAGUGUUAGCUUGGGGAAAUCCCUGACGUUGGAGUUAUUGAGCUAUUUCUGGUUUUUUCUUACAGACGCUAAACAUGUAUUGUGUGCCACUUGCAGCAUAAACUACUGAAGAAUUGUGGCUGUGAAUUUGUGCAAACUCUUUUAACAAAGAAUCCAUACGGGAAUUUCUCCAUUUUUUUAAAAACAAUUAUUUUGAACUGUUUUCUUCUCUUCAUGUUAAAACAAUCCAAAGUUCGAGAUGCUAGUUACUGAACCUGGGCACAAAGGUUAAAUUAUGCUCUGUGUAUGUUGUAAUGGUAGGUUAUUUACAAUACUGUAAUAACGGAUCAAAUGUGUUUCUACAAUGCCUUGUUAUCAGACAUUGCAACACCAGCCAUUUCUGGCAGUAGAGAGUAUGUAAGAAGAUUUCUACUUCCAGUAUAAAGGAGUUCAUUUCUAAGAUAUUUUUUUACAAUUUUGGUAUUUAAAUUAGAUUAUUAAAAAGCAGAUGUGGUAGAACAAUGGUAUGUGUCAUUCGGAAGAAUAGACUGAAACUUUGGGCCUUAACUUGCUGGGACCAGCUGUCCUAGAUCAGAUUGUGCUGAUAUGCGUAUAUUGCCAGACAUGAGUUAGUUCUUCUUGUACCCAUCUCCUUAAAAAAAAAAAUUGUGAGUUUGUGAGGAGUGCAAGUUGAUUCUGUAGUACCAGUCCUAAGCAUGGUAGUAGCUUUUUUUUAAAACAUGCAGUUCGUCUAUUUUAUGUGUAUGCCAGGUAAAAGCUGUAUUUUGACUAUGUGCCGUAAGUUUUGUUUCGGUCUGCUUGGUGCCAGUGUAGCUGCUAAGAACACUGAUCCUAACGCCUUUAAUGAGAGCCAGUUGGUAUCUUCAUUCCAUUUCAAGUUAAUGUGUUUCCUGUGGCCCUUUACUUUUGAAACUUCAUUGGUCAGGUCAGCUUUUACUGAGAGCAGCUCAUGUAUUUUAAAGUAAUCGGUCGGUCGCCAGUAUUUCUUCCUAAUUCAGUAUCAGGAAACAGUAUUAAGGGUCCAUUUCAAAGAAGGGUGCAGUUUCUUCAGUGAAGAAGCCAAAAGCCCAGAGUUCAGGCAGGCAGCCAUUUCAUGUUCUGAACUCAGGUUUUAUUUUUUGCUCUUUAAACAUGUUUACUGUUGGACCCUAAUUAGCAAACACACUGUUGUUAGCUUCAGAUUCCUGAAUUUCUGCAGUGUAAAGCUCCUGGGUGACAUUUUAGCAUAGUGUUCAUGUUUGGUCACUGAGUACCAUUUUCAAAGAGACUUUAACUCACUGGAUACCUUCUGAGGAUCUAAGUUUAAACAAUCUGUGUUUCUUAUGUAUUAAACUGACUUAGAUUUUCUUUUCUGUUAUUUCUGUCAAGUAUAAGGGGGUCAUUAUGCAGCUGAACUGAUGUUUUGUCAAAUCAUUUUUUAAAGCUUAUUUCUCUUAAUUCUUUUCAAAUGAAGAUUUCUGUAUUUCAGGUAGUAUAUUUACUUUUUUAUUAGUUAUAAUAUGGUUAUAGCUUAAUACACUGCCUCUGUAGGAAAAUAGUUAACUUCCUUCCAAGACCAUCUUCAGACAAGGGAAAAACGUGGUCAUUGAAGGUAGGUACUGUAUUUUUCAUGGAAUAUAGGUUGUUUACUUUUAUUUUCUAAUAUUUAUUGCAAAUGUAACAGAGCAGUGUAACAGCUGUGACUUCUUCUGUGUGUUUCCGCCAGUAUUGAAUUCCAAAAGAUUCUAGUGUACACUUCUGUUACAGACAAUCUGAAUUCCACUACAUUUCUACUUGGCUUCAACAUUCCAUUUUGCUUGAAUCCAGAGUCUCAUUUAACUUGUAUUUGUUGGAGGGCAUAAAUGUUACUUGUAUAUUACAAUGCUGUCACUGUGUGACAUCCCAUAAGAAUUUUGAUGUAAAUCACAUUGCACUCAAUCCUCUGUGAUUAUGCUUAGAAAAUGUUGUAGUUGCUAGAUGCAGUGUGAUUUUUUUUAUUAUUUUUUUUAUUUUUCUUUCCUCUCCCCAUUAACAACUGAGUCUAUGGUUUAAAAUGUGAUUAUGGUCCAAUAAGAUAACUUGCUGAGCUAUUGGUCUUUUUGUUAUAACUAGAUCAUUUUUUAAGAUUUUAUAAAGCUGGAAAUGAUCAAAUGCUGUUUUGUUCAUUGUCAACAGUGUUGUGUUCAUUUUAUGUAUGUUCCUUAUACGUAAGGAGCCUUCAGAAAAUAAAAGCUAUUCAAGGAGCAGA